ACUGAGCACGGUUGUGUUUAGGGACAUUUAAUGUUAAGGCAUUUCCCGUGAUUCCCGUCAAUUGUGCAUAAAAAUCUACCCAGUCAAUUUUGGCCUUCCACUUAGCGUGAAGCUUCAGUAUUUCCUAAAUUCUUAGAACAUUUUCGCGUCUUCUUUAAUAGAUUCGCUUAAAAUAGUAAUAGGCUUUGACAAAUAUCGAAAUGUGCAAGAUCUUAUGAAAACCGGCGACGUCAGGGGCGCCAAACCAUCGGUGUGUGUAAGUUACGUAACGGUUCCGGGGAAAAUCGAUAGCUGGGCGUAAAUAGCGACCUAGGGUUGAAAACAGCUGGCCGGCAGCCAGCCAUGAUGCAGCCUUCGAAAAUGCGGAAGCCUCGAAGGCACCGAUGGCUGACACUUUCGGUGGUCAUGAUCGCUUACUCCGUAUUCCAAGCGGUGAUGAGCAACCCGUCAGAGCCGGCUGAGAACCCGGACAAACUACCCGAGCCCACCAUACCGCACGUGCCAGAAAACACCAAAACUACAAAUUCAAUAAAAGAAUCCGAUGUCACUCCGAUUGCCACAAAAGAGGAGAGCGCGAACGCAGCAGAUGGCAAGAAAUCUAUGAAAGGAUUCGAAAUAGAGCCAGAAGAAGGAGAGAAGAAGAAACAAAAAGACGCUGGUUAUGAAGAUGGACAAGAAACAGCAGUUAUCCGCGAGACUGAGAAAAUAGAGGAAGAAGAAGAAGACGCCAUUCCUACCGUUCAUCCUCUUCGAAACUGCACUCCUCCAGCUAUAGAACAGUUUCCACGGCCUCUGAUGGGUCAAACAGCGAGGAAACAUGGUGGCCUGAUACUCCACAUCCUGGUCGCGGUGUUCACGUUUAUCGGCCUGGCGAUCGUGUGCGAUGAAUAUUUUGUCUCUAGUUUAGACAGAAUUUGUGAAGAGUUGCAACUCGCGCCGGAUGUAGCGGGUGCAACAUUCAUGGCGGCGGGCAGUUCAGCUCCGGAGCUCGCCACUGUUGUAAUCGGCGUCUUCUGUGCGCAGGACGACAUUGGUGUGUCUGGUGUAAUCGGCUCAGCGGUGUUUAACAUAAUGUUCGUGAUAUCGGUGUGUGCGCUGUGCGCCGGCACUGUGUCUCACCUCAACUGGUGGCCGCUCUGUAGGGAUUGCUUCUUCUACGCCGUCUCCAUACUGGUCAUGCUGUGCACUAUCGCUAACGGAUACGUAUCCUGGCCCGAAGCCCUGUUCAUGCUGAUCAUGUACGGGGUGUACUGCGUGGCGCUUCGCUUCAACAACGCGUUGGAGCGGUGGGCCCUCACGCUGCCUCUGCCGUUCAAACUGCCGUCGAGGGAGGAGCAAGCGGCACUCGUUACUUACAAAAGCGGCGGAGGUCAACCAGUCACGGCGGCAGCAGCUGAAGGACAAUACGCGCAAAUGGAGGGCCAGAAUAACGAUUUACCACAGAAACCUACUGAAUACAACCCGGACGGCGCUUACGUCAACGCAGCGUACAAUGCUGAGUCGGCCUGGAAUCCCAACCAGACCUGGGACCCAAACAACGCUUGGGAUGAAACCUCAUUGCAACAGCCACCCGCGGCGCCAGUCCAAAGUUGGGGAGAUCCCGAGCCAGCUCAACAAGCGCAGACUCAAAAUCAGGCUCAGGCCCAGCCGACCCAAGAGGGACAGGUUGUACCGCAGCCACCCGCACAGCCAGCUUAUUACAAAGCCAAGGAGUACAACCCAGAGACUGCAGUUGACCCUCUCGUAAAGCCUGAAGGAGCGAACGUAGUCCAACUCGCGUGCUGGUACGUUGCGUACCCGGUUCACUGGUCGUGCCGCCACACCAUGCCCGACUGCCGCGGCCGCUGGUACCCCAUCACGUUCAUCAUCUCCAUGCUCUGGAUCUCCUUCUACUCCUACUUCAUGGUUUGGAUGAUCACCAUUAUCGGAUACACCCUCGGAAUACCAGAUACUGUGAUGGGCCUAACAUUCGUCGCCGCUGGUGUGUCAGUACCCGACGCUCUAUCGUCACUUGCGGUCAUCAAGGAAGGCUACGGAGACAUGGCAGUGUCAAACGCAGUGGGUUCAAACGUAUUCGAUAUCCUGGUCUGUCUGGGCCUGCCCUGGUUCAUCCAAACAGCCAUCAUCCAACCCGGCAGUCACGUCAAUGUCAUCAGCAAGGGUUUGAUAUACUCGACGUUAUCCCUGUUCUCAACGGUGGUAUUCCUCGUGUUGGCUACGCACGCAAAUGGCUGGAAGCUUGACCGCAAGUUCGGAGCGGUGCUGAUGGUUUGGUACCUUCUCUUCAUCACCCUCGCGAGCCUCUACGAGCUCAACGUGUUUGGAAACAUCCACCCGCCAGACUGUGAAUCUAGUUAUUAAAACCAUCGGCUUUUCUUUGAUUGUAAGAGGAAACUUUGCUUCAAAGAUUUGUUUUUCGUACUUAUGGUGCGUGCUGUACAUAAAUGCGGAUCGGCAUAAAUCGGUACAGUCGGGCGGAAGAAAUUAAGUGUUUAGAUGUCCUUUGCGAAAAUGCCGUCUAGCUAGAGUUUACGAGGCAAAAAAACUAAAAUGUGUAGUGUGAACCAUCAACGUUUUGUAAAGAUUGCACAAUCUUGGGCAGCCUGAAGUUGCUAGAAGAUUCUGAGCAUGAAAUUGUUGCAAUCCCUUAAUUAUUGAGUUCCGAUAAACUAUAUCUAUCCAACCAUAGAUCAAUACAGGUCACGCACUAAGGCACUAAGGUCACUAGAAGCCGGAUAAGAGCACGAACCAUGAGUUUUAUAAAUCCGCCUGGUUUUGCCGAUCGGAAUAAGCCGCAUAAAUGUUGAACGUAGGUUGUUAGUAUUCCUUAGAAUCGGCUUUAAUUAUUUAAUAAUGCCGGACAUAAUAUGCCUACCCGCAUAAAAUAUAUGUGUGUUUACUUAGCAACUCUAAGUAGUAUGAGUUUGAACUCGAAAACUUUGGUAGUUGCCGUGAGUUAUAAUAAUAUAAACUGAAAUCUAUCUUCUCCGCCUUUUCGUAAGAAAUGCACAUCCCACUAGCGUCAAAGAUUUUCGAGUAACGAAACACUGUAACUUCAAACAUAAUAAACCCUUUUUGUAAAGGUUAAAAAUGUAAUGCACUUUUAACCGUAAAUCUUAUGAAGCAAAAUUUCUUUUUUAUAUAGAAACCAAGUUAAUAGUAUUCUUAUUCACCCGUUAAGUAUAUUUACAACUGUUGACGAGUCACUUACUCAUUAGUUUAGAUUUUGUGCUCUCUCGUUGCUGUGUGGACGUUAAUGUAAAAACUUGAUGAUUGUAUGUAUGGACAAAAAAUUAUUGUAGUAUAGUACUUAAAUCUAGCUGCAGACCCUAUCUCUACAUUUACUCUUUAAACUACACAGCGAAAGUUCCGUUCUCUUUGCCACUCAUUAAAUAUUUGGGUGAAGUAGUGCAGCGAAUUAUGGCUGUCGAUAAUACUUAUCGAUAAAGUACUUUAUUUUGUUAUUAUGUCAAGUGAAUUCGCAAGAAUGAAUGGUAUGGACAGGAGCAGAGUGAUUUUACCCUUAACUUACAAUGGUUUAAGUUUAUCUCUAUCAUUCUGCAGCGAGAUUUGGUAAAAAUUGUAACAAUAACGUAAUACUCAGUAUUCUGGCCUUUCUACUUAAUUAAAAUAUUUAAGUUCGCGUUCAGACUACCAUGUGAAUUAUUUUAUACUUGAGGAUUUUAAAUUAAAGUAUUUAACCACGCUAUUUCUAUAUUUUAUAAUAGUUUUAACACACCAAUUUUCGCACAGCACUACGACCGAAAUGGUCGUUUUAUAGAUUAUUUCAAUACUUUAAUGAGGCAAACAAAAUGUACAUUUAGGGUCACACCUGUUCCUUCUGUCAGAUAAAUAACAAAGUAUCCAAAUUAACAACUUAAAUAAAUGAGCAUGAAAAAAAAGUGAGAUAAAUAAAUUUCAAGAAGCGUAAUGAUUAACGAAAAGCACUUGUGUUGUUACCAAUUUGAGGGCGGAAAGACCUUUUAUCUGGUAUCUACUUACAGACACGUCUAAGUAUAUUAUAUUUGAAGGUCGUCCGCAGAGUCAAAGUGCAACAUAUCCUAAAGUCAAAUUUUUCAUCAAGUGGCUAAUAAUAACGUGGUAGUCCGGACGUUAUCUUCUAGCCUUUUAAAUCAAUUAAAUAAUUAUAAAAAAAAAAUUAAGUAGACAAAAUUAUUUAUAUGCCUCUAGAAUAAAAAAAAUGCCACAAUCUUAUGAUUGAAUGAAACAUCGAUUGUAGCUUAUUUACGAGUAUUUAUAUUACAUAGUAAGAGUAGACUUCUUCCCGUGUUCUAAUAUUCUUGAAAAUUAUUGCACGGAUAAUUUUAUUUUGUAAAUAUACAUUGAUCCAAGUCGUGAAUUGUUAUUCUUCCGGAUAUAAGACGAUUCUGAUACGGUUGUGCAGAAAUUCUAAACUAAAACGUGAUGUCUUUUUAGGUAGCGAAGGAGUGGCAGUAAAUUAUACGCUGCAAAAACAGACAGCUGUGCCACAGCAACAACAACACAACAACAAACAGUCUAUUGUACACAAAUAUCUAAACUAAACAGACAAGUCUAAAAAUAGUGCAAUUCUAUUUCACACAGAACAAGGAGGAUGGCACUUUUUUAGACUUGACAAUUUAGGUCAAGAUAUUUGUGUUAAACAUUUUGUGUUUCCUCAAUCAACUGAGUUUGUUUUAUGAUAUGAAAUAAAUGAGAACACAAUACUUUUGAAAAUUUUACUGCGCUGUUACAAGGUUAUAAAUUAGGUAUGGUACCUGUCGGUAAGGUCGACUCCGGUCAACCUUUAUUUAUUGUCCUAUAAGACCAACUGACAGAAGUCAGGAAUGCAGUCUUUCAGUAACCGGAUUACUAUACAGAUACAAGUACUAAAAAUCGUACAAAAAAUAGGAAUUUAAAAAGUGUUUUAAAAGUGAGACUGGAGACAACGAACUCGAAAGUACCUAACCCAUUCCGAUUUUGUGUAAUAAGAUGUCAAUAGUUAAGUUUUCCGUGCAACCGAAUCAGCAACAGUAUUUAAGUACUAAGUUAAAAAAUGUUUUGUUGUUACUUGUUUUUAUUCUGCAAAUCAGUUUCAAAUAUAAGUCACGUGACGUUAAAAAACCGGCGACAUCCUAACUGGACGUUUAGCGUUACAUUGUCAUUGAAUUCACAAACAACACAAGGUUAGAUUGGGAGAAAGUGUCGUAGAAAAACUACGAAAUGACAACCUUUACUGUUACAAAACAUUAGCUGUAUUUAAAAUCAAAUAGGGUCAUAGAUUACUACGGCAACAAGUCCUAGAUUCGAUUGAAUAAUAAAUUAAGUCAAGUCACUAGGGUUGUCAUAUAUGAUGACCUAGUAGCUCUUUCCAAAAGAUCUUGUAUAUUAUCUGUGCAUCCCUCCGUGGCUUAUAUUUGUCAGGCCAACUGAUAUAACGCAUCCCGAACGUGACGACCGGUAAUAUAUACAUUGUCACAUAAGUACGUAUUAAAUCAAAUGAUCUCUAUAAAAUAUGUAUUUCACACCCCAAAUCAAUAAUAAUAAACCUAAUCCAAAAUCUGCACAGAUUGAAUUUUGGUAGCGCUAUCCUCAUCGACAAGGAAAAGUAAGAUAAGGAUUUAUUGUAUUUAAUUAUUCUGUGCACAUUUUAUAUUAGAUUCAUUAAUUAUUAUCGGAUGAAAGUAGGCACGUUAGGUAGAUGAUACCAACCUAAUAGUUACCUAUUUUAUUUUGCGCACAAACCUGUUAUUCGAAUGUUGGAAAAAUAUUUUAAGCAUUCAAAAUAGAUUUAAUUGAGGAUGUCCUAUUUAUAACACGUACCUACCUAUUAACGCCUACUAGCAUAACUGCAAAGUUAUAAAUAAUACAGCAUCUCCAAAAUGUACCUAUACGACUACAUAUACGUAUUUAAAUACGAUUAACGAGAAUUACAUACUUAAACUGAAGCUGACUAUUCCAAAAUGAAGUUCAAUAAACAAUUUAUGUACUAUGUUAAAUCUAUGAAGUUCUUUACAGCAUUAUUCUUACAAUAUUAUUUCUGACUAGUUCAGUUGGAGCAAACUGAAAAUCAGCGCUGAGCAUUGUUUGCCUAUGUACAGCAUAAUGCUGAGUUUGCCGCACAUUGCUAUAUUGUUAUGUUACCUAAUAAUGUAUUUCUUUUUUGUAACUAUAUCUAACAUAAUAAUUGAGCAUGGCAAUAAAGCUGUUUAUUAAUUUUAUUAUUAUUAUUAUUAAAGUCUAAGUUUCCUACCUGUUUACCUUAACGAUGUAAUUCUGAAAUAGGACAUUCUCAAAAGUGUCAUCUAUUUAAAACAAAAUCCUGUAAGGGGUCAUUCGAUAAUUACGUGAGGGGUUAUUUGUUACUCGUUGGUGAGGUUUGGUAAGAUAAUAACCUCGUUUCAAUUUUCUUCAAUAGCUCACAAUCCACUGCUGGACAUAAGGUUGGCAGACGGACUACGCUCGCCAGACGGAUUCGUGAUCACAGUAGAUGGUAGUUGUAGCAUAGAGGCCGCUGCUACCCGUUCUCCUUUGCAUGCCCUUAGUCGCCUCGUACGAGACCUGCUUGAAGAGGAGGGGUAGGGACAAUUAUAUUCUGAUCUGUAGUCACCAUACGGCACAUCAGAACACAGUUAGCUGCCACUAGGUACACCAGUUGCCCUACCCCUUUGAGUGUAAAGUUUUGAACAAUAAAAUUGAUUUGAUAUUUUCAUAUUUAAAAAAUCUUCUUUCUUAACAAUCCUCACCAGUUUUAAUUUUGAAUUACUGCCUGUACGUAUGCAGUAUAAAUAAUUACGGUAAAUUCUCAUUGUCUCUCCCUUCAAAGAGGAUUUGGUGAGAUUUUUUCAGAUCCGUAUGUUCACGUAAUUAUUGAACCUCCUAUAAUAAAUAUUAUACCUAACUAUAUU